AUGGAGGCCUUCCCCAUCUAUCAAGACAUCCCGCCAGAGUACCCUCAGCAAGCGCCCCCAGAAUACAUUGAUUAUGCCUCCCCGCCUCUCCCCGACUACGACUACCCGCCCCAGGUCCCUCCAGACUAUGGAAUUGUUGAAGACUACUCCCAUGCUCCUGAGCCUAUCUAUAAAUUGCCAGAGUAUGCUUCCUCGGAAGAGGUCCCUCUCGACGAUAUCGAAAUACAUGACGAGUGGGUUGAUCCCAGCGAUUACCGGCAAGAGGAAGACUAUUACGAAGACGAGGUCUUUGAGGAGAGCUGGAUACCGUACUCGUCGCCUAUCGUGCCGAAUGACUCUCUGCCAGCGGCCGGUAGUAGCAGCCAGAAUGGCAACCAACAGGUGGUCAUUGCCCCUCCUUCAUUCUACCCACCACCGUCCGAUCUCCGGCAACACUACUGCGACCUUUACCCGGGCGACUGUCUGCGAGACAAGCUUCCCAUCGAGACGAACGCAACCGAGCGCACCAACGCCACGUUGGACGACGACCUGUCGAAUGGAACCAACCUCAAGCAUGUUGACUUGCCGGGUGCCGGUCUGGCCUUGGCUUUGCUUCUCAUUAUUAUCAUAGCGCUCAACGCUAGCUGGUCCAGCGAUGAGAAGGACGGAAAGAAAUCCAAGUCCAUCAACAAAACGCCCGCGGGAGGUGCUACACCAGACAGCUCGGCGGAAAACGGCAGUGACGAAGCCGUCAAAGCGAAGAAAGAGAAGGAGGAGAAAGCGGCAGCAGCAAAGCAAAAAAAGGAGAAAGAGAAGAAAGAAAAAGAGGCGAGAAGGGCUGCUGAAGCUGCAGCGAAUGGAGGCGAAGAACCUGCGGGCUCUAAUACCGCAGGCUCCGACGGACAGAGCAAGAAGGAGAGAGAGGCGGCGGAAAAGGCGGCCAAAGCAGCGAAAGAGAAAAGGGAGAAGGAGAAGGGGGAGAGGGAGGAAGCUAGAGCAGCUGCAAAGGCAGAAAAGGAGGCCAAAAAAGCAGCUGGAGAGGCUGCGAAUGGAGGCGCGCCAGCAUCAACUGCAGGCUCCGACGGAACGAGCAAGCAGGAGAGAGAAGCAGCCGCCAAAGCUGCUGCCCAAGCUGCAAAAGCAGAAAAGGACGCAAAGGAGAAAAAAGAGAAGGAGAAGAAGGAGCGGGAAGAAGCGAGAGCAGCUGCAAAGGCAGAAAAGGAGGCCAAGAAAGCAGCUGGAGAGGCUGCGAAUGGAGGCGCGCCAGCAUCAACUGCAGGCUCCGACGGAAAGAGCAAGCAGGAGAGAGAAUCAGCCGCCAAAGCUGCAAAAGCAGAAAAGGACGCAAAGGAGAAAAGAGAGAAGGAGAAGAAGGAGCGAGAAGAAGCGAGAGCAGCAGCAAAGGCAGAAAAGGAUGCUAAAAAAGCGGCCGAGGCGGCUGCAAACGGAGGAAGCCAACCAUCCAGACCCCCGCCAUCAAAUGCUGGAUCCGAGGCAAAGAGCAAGCAGGACAAGGAUGCAGCUGCAAAAUCAGCAAAAGCUGAGAAGGAAAGAAAAGAGAAAGAAAAGGCCGAGAAGGAAGCGAAGGAGAAACGAGAUAGGGAGAAGAAGGAGAGGGAUGCCGCGAGAGCUGCCGCCAAGGCCGAGAAAGAGGCCAAAGCCGCGGCUGAAACAGCUGCAAAAGGAGGAGCAGAUCCUGGAGGCCAGAGUACGAAGGAGGUAGACGCAGCUGCCAAAGCGGCAAAGGCAGAAAAAGAGGCAAAGGAGAAAAGAGAGAAGGAAAAGAAGGAGAGAGAAGAUGCAAGAGCAGCACAAAAUGCUGAAAGGGACGCGAGGAAAGCGGCUGAGGCGGCUGCAAAUGGAGGAAGCCAACCACCAGCAUCUAAUGCUGGAUCAGACCCAAAGACCAAACAGGAGAGAGAUGCAGCUAUCAAAGCAGAAAAAGCGGAGAAAGAAAAGCGCGCGAGAGAGAAAGCUGAGAAGGAAGCGAAGGAGAAAAGAGAAAAGGAGAAGAAGGAGAAGGAGGAAGCUAGAGCUGCUGCAAAGGCCGCCCAGGACGCUAAAAAUGCCAAAGCCAACACCGGUGGGAACCCGGCCAACCCAUCGGCGGGAGGAUCCGCGCCCAGCAAUGUAUCCGACGAAACUCCAGAAGAGAGAAAAGCACGCAAGGAACGCGAGGCUCAAAAAGCCAACGAGACUCCGGAGCAAAGAGCAGCACGCAAGAAACGUGAGGCUGAGGCUAAAUUUAAGGCUGAUGGUGCUACAACGACCAAUGGCGGAAGAGGUGGGGAAUCCACCACUGGUGCCCCUGUCGAAAAUGAGACUUCAGAGGAGAAAGCGAGGAGAGAAAGACGGGAGAAGAGAGAGAAGGAGAAACUAGAAAGAGCAAAUGAGACGCCAGAACAAAGAGCAGAACGUAAGAAACAAGAAAGGGCGAACGAGACGCCAGAACAGAGAGAAGCACGCAAGACGCGCGAGGCCGAAAAGGCCAAUGAGACGCCCGAAGAGCGAGAGGAGCGCAAGAAACGCGAGGCUGAAAGGGCCAACGAGACUCCAGAACAAAGAGCCGAGCGCAAGAAGCGCGAGCGAGCAAACGAGACACCGGAGCAGAGAAAAGAACGGAAGAGGCGGGAGGCUGCGAGCACAGGUGACGGUGGCGCGGGGGAUUCUUCCUCUGGAAAACACAGUAGUAAGAAUAAAGGCGCCGAGGGAUUCAAAUCAUGGUUCAGCCCGUCAUUGUUAUUGGGACUGCUGCUUCUCAUCCCUCUCAUCGCAAUGUUCGGUAAGCCGAGCAUGCCAAUGCUCAGUACACCAACUCUCCGUAGGCCUUCUGUGCUUGGAUCUGGGGGUCUGGCGAGCAUGUUGAAGCCACCUGUCAUGGCUUCCACAAGAGCUAGAGCGGCUUUUGCCAGUGCUAAAGCUAGACGAUCCAGAGCGGCUGAGACGCGAUGGGUAGUCAACGACACCCCACCAGAGCCUAAAACUCAAAUCAAUAUCAACAAUAAUGUGAACUCCCCAGGCGAAUCGGGUAAUGCACCCCCAAUUGAGGUAGUAGUCGAAGAAACGUCAUCAUCCUCAUCGGCAGAAGCUCCGCCAGUCAUAGUGGAGGAAACGGUAUGGGAGCCCAUACACUUCCGGUUCACCGGUCCAGCAAAUCCCGACAGGCUAUACAAGAUGUUCAUAACGACUGUGAUAGUUGCUCUUCCCCUCCUUUAUGACUGGGUCAUGGAUUACCCCAAGAAACGAUACUCGCAACCCGACUAUCUGCCACCCUUGACUCAGGCCGUACUCGCAAUGACUCUCUUCUGGCUCUGCGCAUACCUUGCAGACUGGAGUUUUGCAUGGAUCGGGUGGAUUGGCUGGGCAUCGACUGCCAUAGUACCCAUCGCUGAAGUAUCGAUCUCGGGUGCUCAGAGUGGACUGACACCACUCAUUGUCAUUUUACUAGAGACCAUCGAGUCGUUGAUUUGGGCUUUGGAAGACGUCGUCUUUGGCGAUGGGCGUACCUUGCUCGGCAUGGGCCUUGCAGCUCUGGGAGUGGUGAUGCUAGGGCAAAGAGAGCCGAGCUUGGAUGUACCGAAGACUGAAUAUGCUUCGGGAGCUGUCCAGGGAGUGUACUUCUUGGGUGCUUUGUUGAUCGCAAUGUUUGUAUGGAACGCGUAG